UGUUACAUAAAGGUUGAAAAAAAAAAUCACUGUUGCUGAAUGUUCUAUUGUCAAUAAAGUUUUGAAUUUUGACUUUCGCGCCAAAAGAACGUCAACUAUUUUAGCAGCAGUCAGUUGAUGAAAUGACAACAUUACAAGGAGGCGACGUUGUUCUUGAGAAUGUCCACUUCAGACAUUGUUCGAAAUGGAGCGCCCAGCUCCAGCUUUCUGACGGGACUGAGCUGCUGUUCUGUGUUGCCUGUGCGGUGGAAAUGAUGGAAGCUGAAGACAUUUCGUCGGUGAGAAAGUCUUUUGCAUUGUCUACUGUAAGCGGCAUUCUUAAAAGUUCCCCUGGAGCCCUGAGAGAGCUUCUCUUACAAGACCACAGGGUUGCUCUGCAUCUAAUAGCUACACUUUUAGGGAUGCUUCAAACUGUGGAGAACCCUAUCACUCUGGAAAAGACUGAUCAAGUGCUGGUCCAGCUGCUUUCAGAGUUCAGGAAUGACCUCUCAUUUCACUUUGUUUUGGAUGAGAUUCAAAAACAGGUGAAUACCGGGCUCAGUGUGAAGAGAUCUCUGCCUACAUUCAGUUUCUUGGGAAACCUCGUAAAAGCAGUUCCUGAAGUGGCCCAUAGCCUUGUGACUCAAUAUGUUCCCCUGCUAGACCAUCUCUGCUCAGCCCUGUUGCACCCAGAUGAAGCUCUGAAGACUUCGCUGGUGUAUGUCUGGCUGCAGCUGCUGGAAGCCCCUGGAGGCACUGCAGCCCAAUUCCUGUCCACUGCCACCAGGGAAAGAUUGUGUGUCCUUUUGCUGCAGACUUUUGACAGUGCUGGCUCAGAAAAGCUCAUCAGAAACUGUGCUGGGCUGCUCUGGCAGCUGGUGAAGCAGAGUGCGGCGGUGUCACUUCUAAUGAACGGUCCUGGCGCUCCGUUCCUGUGCCAUGAGAACCAGGACUCCCUCGCCAACAACAGCCAGAUCCUGACUCCAAACCAAGAGCAACAGCUCGCUGACCACUGCCCCCUGCCUCUGCUGCUGAAAAAGUUGCUGCUGAGUGGGGAUGAGAUAUUGCAGGAGAUUAGUGCGAAGUGUAUUGCCGCGAUUCUGGUUCAUUCUCCCAGUCAGUACAGUUCUUUCUUCAUCAAGGCUAAUUUACCUGGGUUCCUGUUUGAACGUCUGUCCUCUGGAAGCAGCGAGAUGUUGUUGUGGUCCAUCUAUAGUUGUUUGGUGUUACUUACUGAGGACCAACUCUUCUUCUCCCAGUGUCACUCUGUCUACGGUAUCGAGUCCCUGGUCAGGAGUCUGAAACAGUCUUUACUGCUGACCAACCUGGAAGUACCACAACAAGGUUUUCUGCUCCUCACUGAAAUACUGGAAAGACAGCCUCCGGGUUUGCACCUGUUCCCCAGUGGCUCUGGGUUUGCAGUAGUUGCAGAGGUUGUGUCAGCUGGAGUCUCCUCCCCCAGCCUGCAGGUAGCCACCCAGGCGGUCUGUGCUGCUGCUGCUUUGUUCAGACUCAACCACCAGUCCAGACCAGUCCAGUACAAAGAGUUGGAGAUGUUGGUGAAAGGCAUCACUGACAGAUUUCCUGAACUUCUACUCUGCCCACAAGGUCAUCAGAGAAACACAGGUAACCUGGGAAAGUCAGAUUUGAGGAGCAAGACUUCCAAAUCCACAGGAUUUCUUCUUCAGGCCAUGAUCUGUUUUCAGGCUGCCUGCAGGUUGGCUGAGGAGUGUGCGUCACAGCCUGCCCUGAUGGAGAACCCAUUUACAGCUCCACAUAAACACAGCGAUGCUCCGGACUCUGUGCAGUCUCUGUGUCGAUGCCUGUUGCACUUGUGUGACUCUGUCUGGAUACCUACCACUCUAAGAAUGUGCGAGUUUUCACCAAAUGCUGAGAUACUGCAAUACUUGUACUCCAUCCUCUCUUUCCAGUUCUCGCUUUUUCCGACUCUCAAGGCUGUUUUUGCAAAAAAACUUGCUUCCUCUGGUUUCAUCAGGCUGUCGGUAGAACACAAAAGCCUCCUGUGUGCAGGAAACAGGAACCCAGAUCUAAAUGCAUCUUGCUGUGGUUUUCUGCAGACGCUCAGCAUGACUCUGAUUUCCUUGUCAGACCCCCGUUUUGACUGCUACCAUGAUUUUGAGGAGGUGGAGAAUCUGCUGGCUCGCAACCUCCCCUCUCUUUGUUGCCAUCCGUCUGAUUGGCCGUCUCUGUUUUGUGAAUACCAAGAAUCAAGGUCCGGCCAAUAUUGUCUGGUGAUGGUGCUUUACCUUGCUCUGCAGGAAGGAGACAGGCUUCUGCCUGACCAGACUGUGUUCUCCAGCGUGUUGUGGCUGCUGCAGUCCGUGCAGGAGCAGGGCGGCCUCAUGCCUCGCUUGGUUCUCCGCUCUGCCCUCUAUCUGUUGGCAGUCACACAGGACAAGAGCCCUACUCUCGACAGGGUGGCUUUGAACAACAUCAGUAAAGCGCUCUCCUCCCAAAGCUUCCGAUCUCUCUACUUUCACCAUCCUGCGCUCCUCCACUUCAUCUGUGGCUACAACCAACUGGCAGAAAAGUUCGGGGCUCUGGUUUUGGGACUGUGGCUGACCGAACAAACACAUCACACUGAAGAAGAGCAGGGAUCAGUCGUCAUGCAGAAGAAAGGUGAAGACCAAGAACAGCCUGAAGAGGGACGACGGGUUCAGCAUCCUGACACAGAAACCAAGGAGCUUCUGGCUCUUGUCCAGAAGUUUCCAAAUGUAACAUUGAUCCUGUUGGACAUGGUGAGCAGCAGAGAGGCUCCCCUCUUGGAGCGCGCUUUGGGCGUCCUGGAGUUUAUUCUGCAGCACCGACAGGAGAGAACGGCAGAGCUGUGUUUGAAACUCGGUCCUGCCCUCCUCCAGGCAUUACAGCAAAUCAGCGUGGAGAGCAUGAGCCAGGGUCAAGGCUCCAACGCACAAGCUGUUAGCUCACUUCCUGUGCUGCUGAAGCUGCUGUGUGCGACUCUGACCGCCGACCCGCCUUCACCUCCCCUGUACGCCAACAUGGAAGAAAUACACUUCAAGCUGCUUUACCACGUGAGCAGCAUAGUGGGGAUUUUAAAGCCUUGGAACGCAGAGAGUCUGCUGCCAGCCUUCAACUACCUGCACUGCUGCCUGAGUUUGUCCCCUGCACACCGCACCGACAGAGCUGUCUCCAUGCUGCUCUCCAACGGCGGGCUGAUGGACCAGCUGCAAGCAGUCAUCUCAUCUGCUCCGACCCUCCCUCCAUCAGCAUGUCCUCCUCUGGCGCUGCAGUGCAGCGGCCAUCUACUCCUGUCCUCCCUCAUUACCUUGCAGCGUGCUCACUCCGCUCAGGUCUGUAAAAGCAUCAGCUGGAGUCUUGACACAGCAGUGCAUCGACUCCUUCUUCAGAAAAGAAACACAGAAAGUCUCCUACUGGUGAGCUGCCUGAGGUUGCUGCAGGCCCUGCUUGAUGCAGACCUGACUUCACCUGUAGUCCUUCUGGACUCUGGUCCUGGACUGGUGGGAUCUCAACCGCUGGAGAUUGAAGAUGGUGCUUUGUACCCCCUUGGAUUCAAAGGAGCGAUGGGCCUCCUGAACGCUCUCAGUGCAUUCAUUUUGCAGAAACAUGAGGUGCUGUUAAGAGCCUCUAUCAACUGUCUGAGAUCCCUGCUGGGCUUCCUGAAGAGGAAAAAUCUCACAACAGCCAUGUACGCGGUGUGUCAUCCAUGGACCCGAUUCCUGCUACACUGCCUGCUCAGCUCUGGAGAGAGCUGCUUCCUGCAUCCCGCCAUCCUCCUCCUCAUCACACUCCUGCUGCAGCACAACAGUUCGGCAGUGCUGUGGGAGCCAGACCUGCGGCAUGUCAUCGAGUCGGUGGAGAAGAAGGGAGUGAAGGAGCUGAGCUGGGAGGCAGCACAGACCUUAAGUUUGCUCCUGAAGCAGAUCCAGAUGACUGCUUUGCCAACCACAGAGGAGUGUAGGCUCAGAGUGGCGAGAAUGAUAGAGACGCUGGAGCUGCAGACGACAGAUGAGAUCUGUGACCUCACCCCGCCAAGCGGCAUUGUGUAUCCAUCACUUAAAUCUAAACAGCCUAAUCCCUUAACUCCCCAAAGUACCCAGAUAAACCAACAUAUUUUACCCAAAAUGUGCACACAUUCACACAAACGCCUGCUAGUGAGAGCCUGCAGCUUCUCUACAGGUGAUGACAUAUGCCAAAAGGGUCAAUACUAACAGUACAUAUGGGCUGUCAGCGCAGCGUGCAGGAUACCCAUCAAACAUCAGCACCACGCCGGCAUUGAUUUCUUUCUGGCAGCUUAUUGGAUAUCUGUGUUGAGCUUUUACUGACAGUGUGUUGAACAGAAUGUACUCCAUACACUUACUUUUUUUGACUGGACAGCAAGAGUAUUUAUCAAUCUUUUGUUUAUAUUACAUACACCCACUACUUUUGAUUAAAGCUGUCCUUGAAAUAUUAAUUUUUAAAUAUCUUAAAUUAGAAGU